CGAAUUAUUGGACGCGGAAAUACAUUGGUUCUGGGCAUUUGGGUGAUGGGUACGUGGUGUGCAUGAUCCCAGCACUCGCCAACAAUCGCUAUGCCAAUGACAUAUCUUUCUCUCCUCUGACUUGUUGAAAACGGCAGGCGUACGCUUUUUUGUGAUAGUAUGCGCUAGUUGUUGCAGAAGUGUACGCCCCGCGUUUUCCACAAUGCAACAGUGGUUGUUGUAUCUUCUGUGCAAUGGUUGGCCGUUGGCCUUCGGCAUGUCAAGCUGAUUUUGGUGCCGUCUCGCGGUUGCGAGUGUACUUGUUGCAUUCUGAGACUUGAGUUCCGACUAUAUGGUUCCGACCAGUUUUGACUGACCCGCUCCAAAGGGGUCACCAGGGUCGCUUCACCAUCAUCAUCGUUGUUGCCAAUCUGCCAGUUGAUGCUACCGUGCUGUGUUGCGUGGUGCAGUGGGCGCUGGCUUGUUGCAAUCUGUGCUCUCUGCGAUCGGUACCUGCUGCAAACCACGGCUCCAGAGUCGUAUAGCAGUGAAAAUUAUCCCAAAUUAAUUUAGCUUAACGCGCUGAACCUGUGCACAUAUGUGUGUGACCCGACAUCCUACUGUCCGGCUACGACGUGUUGGCGAUGUGACUUUCUGUUGGUGCUAAUUUACUCAUCGCCUGCAGGUAUUGCUUCUAAUCUUGCUAAGCUAUGCUUUAGUAAGCUGCUCAUGGCUGAAGGGGCGAAGAUGGAAGAUCACAGCUUGUGCAACUCUGAGCAUGAACAGCAAAUUGACAACUUUUCCACAGUACUAGAAAAGAUAGCUGGUCUUUAUGCAGAGCGUUUACUAAGCGACAUAACCCUUGAAGUGGGUGGCAAGCAGUAUGCAGCUCACAGGUUGAUUCUCUGUGCCUCCAGUGAUGUCUUUCAGGUAAUGCUGAUGAACCCUCGAUGGAGCUCAAGCCAGGAGACACUGAUCCAGUUGAAAGAAGAGCCCCCUUGUGAAGGGGUGUUUGAAGACUUUCUGCGCUAUUUAUACACUGGCCGCUUGCGUGUGGACCAUCUGCGUGUUCUACCUCUGGUCACCUUGGCCGACAAGUACAAUGUGCGUGACCUUGUGCGCCUCUGCGUUGCCUACAUGAGCCGGCACAUAGUGUCUGCCACACGACACAAUCAACUUGUUUCAUGGUUGCAGUAUACGCUGAACUGUGGCCAUGCAGCAGUGCACACUGUCUGCAGUGAUUUUAUCACUUGGAACUUUGAGCUGGUGGCCAGCAUGGAAGACUUUGGUAGCUUAGAAGUAGAUGUGCUGAUUUCCUUUCUGCGACGAUCGGACCUUGUGGUCAGGAAUGAACUGCAGCUCUUUCAUUGUAUAGCGACUUGGCUUCUAACCCAAGAACAGAAACUAUCCCAGAGCGGUGACCAGAGAGACGCCUUUGGUGCCCUCGUCAUUGAAGUAAUGUCUCACGUGCGUUUUCCCAUGCUGUGUCCACGGCAGUUGGCUGGGCUUUUGACGCACCCUCUCAUUGCUCGCUUCAAGGACUUCUUCAUGGCACGCAUGGCAGCUGCAAUGGAAUUUCAUUCAAAGACAGCCCCCGAAAAAUUUAGUUCCUGCAAUCCAGAGUUCACCACUCCUCGGAUAUACAUGGCUGAAACGUGGUCAACAUCGCUUUCCAUAGAGAAUUAUACCAAGUUAAGUACAUAUGGAGUACGCACCUUAGUUUUCACCACGCCGGGCAGUUUCUCGGAGGCCCGUCAGGGACGAACUCUCGAGUGGACAGUCGACGUGUAUCCAAAAGGAGUUCUGUUUCGCAGAUUUUUUUUAAUCGCUUGGCAAGGGACAUUGGAGAUACCAGAAUCAGCAUCCAAGACAGUGCGGCUUUCGUUGACUUCUAAGGAUGUCCAUGAGAGUGCUCAUGUCGCUGUUGGUGUUUUGGUGAGUGGAAAACAGGAUGAUGUGGAGCACGUGCGUGCAGUGGUCCGUCGAGAAUACACGUUCACCGAAGAAGACCGUAUGCUUAACAUCAAUGACCUGGUGCCCUACAGUGAACUGAAUGAUGCACCAGGAGGAUCUUCACCUUUCCUUGUAGGACCACAGGCAGAUGUGUUGAAACUUCAUGUUGUUAUCACUCCUCUAGACUGCGAAUGCUAAGUGACAUUUUGUACGCCAACACACUUGGAACACCACUGUUCUCUUCAGUGUUGCUAUGCAUACUUGUAUCGAGAUCUAUAAGAUCAGAAAACGCCUGCUGUUUGCAGUUGCAUUUGACAGAUGUUCAAUGGGAACAGUGCAGAUAAGCUCCUGCUUUGGAGUGCUGUUAAAUUUUGCUGUGUUUGUAAUAUAAUUUUAAUACCUGUGGCAUGACAUAUGGCAUUUAUGAGCACGUGUGACUGGUGUGCCUGCACCAGGUGUCCUUCCCCACGUGCUGAAUACACUAUGAAGAUCAAGCAGGAAAUUAAGAACCUCAUCACAAUGGCUCAGAAAAUUGCUGAAGCACAGCUCAAGAGGUUGAUCAUUUGACAGUCAUUUCCAGAACAUUCUGGACAGUCUGGGACCCACCUGAUAGUUUUGUCAGGUGCCUGGGAGGAUGGUGCAUGCAAAAUUUCAUUCAGGAAAGCCCCAUAGUUUUGCAGAUAAAACAAGAAAAAUAAGCCACAUAUGCACAUUUGCUUCUGGUUUUAAAGUCUCAAGCAUUGCCAAGCACACUAACGCGGAUGUUGCAGGUGUGUGCAUCGAGAUAAACGUGACUGAAGACUAUUUUUUAAAUUGCUAGAACACAAUUAGCAACUUCUGUUUCAUUUUUUAUCUCUGCUCCCUGAUACCAGACAUAGUAAAAGCUGGAGGCUGUUGAUGAUUCCAUCACAGGAGACAGACUGCAGGCAACAAUUCACUUAAAGGGGCUGUGACACUGAUGUAUGUGGUUCAUUGCAUCAUGCACGUACUGUACUACACACCAGAGUGUAGAGGCUGAAAUAAUUCUUUAAUGUGUCUUAUUUGGCGAGAUACAGACUUUUGAACACGCGUCCGCAUCAAGCUACAACGUCGGAAGAGCAAGAGCUAUUCCUAGUCCCAUUGGUUCUAGUAAGCAUGUGACCUCUUCCGCUAUGCCAAUUUUCUUUGUGCCUAUUACUCCAUUUGCUGUAAAGUCUGGGAUGCAGAUUCACAUUGAUCCAAAGAACCACAUUUUAUAUCUAUCUGUUUAUUCAUUUACCCACAGUGGGGGGUAGGGGAGGGGGAGUUCAGUACAUCAGACAAAGACAAUACUGGUGGUAUUGGAAGGCAGUCUGUUCCAAUUGCAAGUUAUCUUCUAACGAAGAUGUUUUGAAUACGUCUGUAUUGCAUGAAAUCUCGCAGAUUUUAAAAUUGUGAUCCACGUACUGCAAUGUGUAAUAAGGUGGCAAUAAAUAUGUCCUUUUCUGCUACAGUGUUAGAAUGAAAAUUUCAAACUCAUUUUAAAAAAAUGCAUUGCAGCUACACAUUGUGCUGAAUUCCCUCCUAUACAGCCCUACAACAAAGCGGGCAGCUCAGUUCUCGGUUUUUGCCAAUUUUUUCUUGUCUCGCUCAGUUGGCAGAUCCCAAAGAGAGUAUGCAUAUUCAAGGGUUGAUCAAGCAUAUAUGUCUUCAAUCUCCUACCAUAACCAUGAGAUUGUUAUUACCCAUAUGAUUUUGUCUUAAAUCUUGUGCAUUAUCUCCGUAGCAGCCAACGGAAAUUGUGUAUCCUAUCCAGUAUCCUAACUUGUCACAACCCCUUUAAAAAUAAUGACGUGUUAAUUGUAUUGAACUAUUUCACAUGGUGAAUAAAUGCCAUGAAAAAUCAUGCAACAGCAGCUCGUUAAUUUUAGUUUGGGACCAGACUGUCAGUUUCAAAGCAAGUGUUGCGAGUGGUUUAUCAUGCUUGCCAGAUGCGCUGAAAAGAAAUUAAAACAGGUACAACACGUGUUCCUUCGCCAUUUGGUUGUGUGAAAUAAAUUGCUCAGAACCUA